CAAGUCACAACCCCGAGAUCGAGAGUCACGUGCUCUACUGACUGAGCCAGCUGGGUGCUCCAAGCCGAAUGUGUUCUCGAAAACAAAAGAGGACCCUGAGGAAGGGGAAUGAGGAAGCCUGAAGGAUUAUAUGUGUGAAUUGCAGCUCCUACACGGACACCUACACACACGGGCACACAGCAGGCACACACCCGUGAAAUACCUCCUGGUGACCGAGAAAUUGAUACCAGUGGUUGCUCCGAGACACAGAGACUAAAGGUCAGAGGAGCACAUAAAGGAGAACAGAAGCCUCACUGAAAUCCAGCCAUGAAUGUUUCAGGAGCAGCGUCAGUAAGAUGGGGAUUAGAACAUGGCCGCAGAGAAUGUAGCAACCGUGAGCCCAGAUGAGAAGCUCUUCAAGCAACUGGAUAAACAUGGUGGACAGAAGAAUCAGAACAUGACUUCUUUCUCUAUAAAUGAGGCAAUUACAUCAAGAAUUUCUGUCUUACGGCCUCAAGGAAGAAGAAGAGCUCCUUAUCCUUUCAGUGGAAUGAAUCCCUUUGGAGGAAUUAGCAAAGGGCCAGAACAUCAGCGGACCACCUUCCACCCAAAGGCCCAAGAAGAGCCUGAUGUACACUCACCAGGCCUGUUCGGUUUUGAUGCUCUCAAUGAAUUAAUUAGUGACCUAGAUUUGAUCUCUGGCCUUGAGUUGAUCAGUGAACUUGAGUUGAUGAGUGCCCUUGACUUGACCGCUGAACUAGCGUCCACUGUUGACCUAGCGUUGGCCAUGGUAGAGUCCACCUCGACCCUGGAGGCCCCCGCUGAUGUGGAGUCCACCACUGACCUGGAGUCCACGGCGACCCCUGAGUCCAUCGCUGACCUGGAGUCCUCCACUGACCUGGAGUCCACGGCGACCCCGGAGUCCAUCGCUGACCUGGAGUCCUCCACUGACCUGGAGUCCACAGCGACCCCGGAGUCCACCACUGACCUGGAGUCCUCCACUGACCUGGAGUUCACGGCGACCCCAGAGUCCCCCGCUGAUGUGGAGACCACCUCGACCCCGGAGUCCACCACUGACCUGGAGUCUCCCACGGACCUAGUCUCCAUUAGUGAUGUGGAAUCGACCACGAAUGUGCAUUUUGAGGACGCCCCAGCUUUCGAAUUAUCUACUGAGGUGGAAUCGCUCACUCAUAGCUUUGAGGAAGCAAUCACUAAAGCCAUGGAAGAUGUCCCUACUGCUCAUUCAGAAGAGCCGAUGACUAGAAGACCAGACGAGCCAAGCACCUCUGCGGGAGGCAACGAGUCCUUCUCAGUAUUUUUUUUAAAAUGAAGCAAAUUUUCCAUUAGUUGGGAACAUCACUCUUCUAACCACAACUUUCUAAGAAGAUUCUGAGCUUCUGAACAAGGCUUCCAUUAUAGGAGACUUGACUAAUUGUAAAGGACUAGUAAAACAUAAGAUGUAUCAGCUGAGGAUAAACGGAGGGGCUGGAGUUACACCCACACGGAGGAGGGCUGUCUCUUAACCAUGCCCCAUC